AUGACUGAGAGAUUGCUGGAUCAGAUGGGAAUGAAUAUCGUUGUUGAUGACUGGGAAGAACUGUUCUUGACCGGAUAUGCUCAGGCACCUCCUCCCGGUUACUUUGUACGGUUAGAGAACAAGAGUGCUGAAGACGAUCUUUAUUUGAGAAAGAGAACAAGGAUGCGUAGGUGGCUGUGUUGCACUUGUCAAGUAGAGGAGUCCUAUCAGCCCCAUGAAAAUGAGCACCUGAAGAGCCCAACAACUCAUGCUGAUGGACAUCAAAGAGGCUCUAAAGCUUCAGCUCCAGUGAAGCAUGAGGUUCAGAAGGCAGUACCUCCUAUUGAGGUGCCUGCUCUGUCAUUGGAAGAACUGAAAGAGAAAACAGACAAUUUCGGUUCAAAGGCAUUGAUUGGUGAAGGAUCUUACGGAAGAGUAUACUUUGCUCAGCUGAAUGAUGGAAAAGAGGUUGCUGUCAAGAAGCUUGAUGUGUCGUCUGAGCCUGAUUCAAAUGUUGAGUUCUUGACUCAGGUUUCCGUGGUGUCAAAUCUUAAGCAUGAAAAUCUUGUUGAAUUGCUUGGCUACUGUGUAGAUGGCAAUCUACGUGUAUUAGCUUAUGAGUUUGCAACCAUGGGAUCUCUCCAUGACAUUUUGCAUGGAAGGAAAGGAGUGCAAGGAGCACAACCUGGGCCAGUACUUGACUGGAUGCAAAGGGUAAGAAUUGCUGUUGAUGCUGCAAGGGGACUGGAAUAUUUGCAUGAGAAAGUACAGCCUUCAAUAAUUCACAGAGAUAUCCGAUCCAGCAAUGUGCUUCUUUUUGAAGACUAUAAAGCCAAGAUAGCAGAUUUCAACCUUUCAAAUCAGGCUCCUGACAUGGCUGCCCGUCUUCAUUCUACUCGAGUUCUGGGAACCUUUGGUUAUCAUGCUCCAGAAUAUGCAAUGACAGGACAGUUGACACAGAAGAGUGACGUUUAUAGUUUUGGGGUUGUUCUGCUUGAGCUUCUGACUGGAAGAAAGCCUGUCGAUCACACCAUGCCACGUGGGCAGCAGAGUCUUGUUACCUGGGCCACGCCAAGAUUGAGUGAGGACAAAGUGAAACAAUGCGUUGAUCCAAAACUCAAGGGAGAGUAUCCGCCAAAAGGGGUAGCCAAGUUGGCAGCUGUUGCAGCAUUGUGCGUGCAGUAUGAAGCAGAGUUUCGCCCGAAUAUGAGCAUUGUUGUCAAGGCUUUGCAGCCUCUCUUGAAGUCGACUGUCCCUGCUCCUGAGAUUUAAGUGUGAAGUUUGCUCUGCGUGUUUGAUUAAGUUUGCAUGAAAUGCCAUUUUAUUAUUUCUUUUCAUUUUCUCUGCUCCUGAGACCAUUGUCUGUUUGCUACUCGGUGGUGAUGUGAUGUUGGUAUUAUAAAAUUGAGCCGUUGUUUGUGUGGGACUGACUGUGUGUUGCUUGCUAAGGCGGCUAAACACAAAUUUUUAUUGUUUUUACUUUCUAUUUUUCGUAUGGGUGAUGAUUAUAUGAGUUUCUUUUGAGUGAUUUUCUUUGUCAAAUCAGAUCAAUUCAAUUUGGCUUGGUGCUUUCUUUUAAAGUGUUGCGCUAUGUAUGUAGGUACUAGGUAGGGUACCUCAU